UUACAUGCAAGGUCUGAGAAGAGAAAGUCGUCUUUACUCUCGGUCCCACAGUCUUCGUUACAACCUCACGGUGGUGUCCCAGAAUGGAUCUGUGUCAUCAGAGUUUUUCGCUGAGGAAUAUCUGGAUGACGAGCGCUUCCUGUUCUAUGACGGGCAGCAAGGCAGGGCAGAGCCUCAGGGGCCCUGGGCAGAAGCAUCCCUGGGAAAUGAGACCUUGGAGACAGAGACCAAAGACUUGGUAGAGAAAGGGAAGUACCUCAAGAUGACCAAGGCACAAAUCACAGGCCAGAAAGGGUUGGGGGCAGUCUGGCAUUCGCUGCAAGAGAUAACGGAAUGUAAGAUCCAUGAAAACAACAGCAUCAGUGGCUUCAGGCAUUUCUACUAUCAUGGGGAGCACGUCUUAUCCCAGAACCUGAAGACUCAGAAGCAGACAGUGCCCCCGUCCUCAGGAGCUCACACCUUGGCUAUGAACAUCCGGAAGGUCCUGGAUGAAGAUGCCAUGACACGCCUCGACGCUGUGCUGGCAGACUGUGUGCAGAAGCUACAGCAAUAUCUGAAAUUAAGGAGACUGAGCUUCAGGAGAGCAGUAGCCCCGACAGUAAAUGUGACCCACAGUCAGGUCUUGGAUGGCUACAUGGGACACAGCAGGAAUCAGAGCACUCAUACUGUGCUCUCUGGGAAUGCCCCGAGGCCUCGGAGUCACCGGCUAGCCAUUCUGUGUACUGCCCUUGUUAUUGCCUUGGCUGUGGUGUGUGUCUUUUGAUACAAGAAGAGGACAUCAGCUGCCAGAGGUCCAGGUAAGAAAGAGGCAGGGGCUAGAGAUGGAAGUGCCCCUGUCUGGGGAAGCGGGUCUCCUCCUGUGUUCUACUGCGUAGACAGGAGUGUAGGUGAUGGGCCUUCUGGAGCAGAGGGUGGAAGUCAGGGAAUUUGGGAGGUAGCAGGAGCCACAUCUCCAUCUCUAUCCCUUAGUUCAGCUGGCCAGGGCCAGUGAAUGUCCAGCUGUGGCCUCUUCUUGCUACAGGGGGAGGA